CUUCAUUCCAUCCCGCCAAUUGCUCUUCCCAGUCCAUGGCGUGGGCUGCGUCCAAAUGGCUUUGACAUCAUGGAAAGCGUUCAACUUCUUCGAUGUCUCGUCGGUGAAGCUGCCUGAGGAGAGCUCAUCUAUUCUCGGUUCCGAUAUCCUCUCCCUCUGUUCCGGUUCCUCCAACCUUUUCCUCGGCUCAAACGAUGGCUUUGUCCACAUCGUCUCCUCAUCGUUCAAGCUCGUCCGCUCCUUCAAGGCAUCCGACAACGGCUCCAUAGCACAUAUCAAACAGAUAGAAGGGUCUUCGCUGCUUCUGACUAUCGCAGAAGAUCUUCCCAAUGAGCCGAUCUUGAAAGUCUGGGCCCUCGACAAAACCGAGAAAAAGAGCGGUGCUCCACGAUGCCUGUCAACAACGUCCAUCCAGAAUGCGAGGAGGAUAUUUCCUGUUUCUGCGUUUACUGCGCUCGACGAUCUGUCCCAGGUGGCAGUGGGGUUCGCGAAUGGGUCUGUUACGAUUAUCCGUGGUGACCUGAUUCACGACCGCGGGGCAAGGCAGCGCAUUGUGUUUGAGUCGGAAGAACCGGUGACAGGGCUCGAAGUGCAAAAUGGCCCGGUUGCGACCUUGUAUAUCUCCACCACUAGCCGGGUGCUGGCCCAGAUCAUCUCUGGCAGAAGUCAAGGUCAACCAGCGCGCAUUCUGGAUGAUAUGGGCUGCGCCGUUGGCUGUAUGUGCCUUGACAAAGAUAAUGGUGAUGUACUGGUUGCUCGCGAGGAUGCAAUAUAUACCUAUGGGCCCCGUGGGCGCGGACCUAGCUACGCUUUCGAGAGUCGAAAGGACUCAAUCAACAUUUUCAGAGACUACAUCGCAUUGGUUUGCCCGCCACGCGAUACAUCGUCGCGCCCCGACGCUCUGCGCAACCUCAACGUCAGUCAGGCCGACGACAUAUUCAAGACGACCAUGUUCACGCUUUUGGACACGGAUUUGAAGUUCAUUGCGCACUCCGAAUCGCUUGUCUCUGCUGUGAAGAAGAUCUUCAUCGAAUGGGGCGAUCUCUUCCUCCUCACUACCGAUGGCAAGCUCCACCGGUAUCGCGAGAAAAGUCUUCAACAAAAGCUUGAGAUCCUUUAUCAGCGGAACCUUUACAUUCUAGCAAUCAACAUUGCCCAGAAGACUGGCGUGGACACUCUGCAACAAAACGCCAUAUACCGCAAGUAUGGAGACUUCUUGUAUCAGAGAGGUGACUACGACACUGCAAUGCAGCAGUACCUUCGAGCCAUUGACAAUACGGAACCAUCACAAGUCAUCCGAAAGUAUCUGGAUACCCAGCGAAUACACAAUCUCAUCGAGUAUUUGGAGGAGCUACAUGAUCAUGACAAAGCUACCGUUGAUCAUACUACUCUUCUUCUAAAUUGCUACGCCAAGUUGAAAGACACGACCAAAUUAGACGAAUUCAUCAAAGCCCCCGGAGAGCUAAAAUUUGAUCUGGAGACGGCCAUUGCUAUGUGCAGGCAAGGCGGCUACUACGAACAGGCAGCCUACCUUGCCACGAAGUAUGGCGAAAACGAUAUGGUCGUCGAUAUUCUGAUUGAGGAUUCGAAGAAAUAUGCAGAGGCCUUAGAAUACAUUUGGAGGCUGGACCCUGACUUGGCGUAUCACAAUCUGAUGAAAUAUGCUCGCGUGCUGCUCUCCAACUGCCCGGAGAAAACAACGGAGCUCUUUAUCAAGUACUAUAAAGGACAAUAUAAGCCAAGGACCGAAGUUGAGCCGCCUGUUGAGCCACAAGCGCAGCAGAGCAGCACUCUACAGAGUCUCGCGGCGUUUCUUCCACUGCCUCUGAUGAAUGCUGGUGCUGGAUCAAAGGGGGAUUCAGUGGACAAGUCUCACGAAGCCAACGAAGAGAAUGUCGAAGAAGUUAUUGAAUAUCAAAUUCCGAAGCCAAGAACCGCCUUUUCGGUCUUUGUCGGGCACCCUGACGAGUUCAUCUCAUUCCUGGAAGCGCUUAUCGAGAAAGAGGACCUGAAAGACAAUGAGAAGAUUGACCUCUAUACUACACUUUUUGAGAUGUAUCUGGACACCGCAGGUCGGAAGAAGGAUGCCGCUGAGAAAGAGGCUUGGGAGAUCAAAGCAAAGAAGCUCAUCGAGGGGAAGGAUAUACCUAUAUCCACAUCGAGCGUUCUGCUAUUGUCUGACUUGUCCGGCUUCCGGGAGGGAUCCACCCUCGUCCGCGAGCAAGAAGGUCUGCGGUCAGAUAUCUUCCGUUCCUUUACAUCGGCCAAAGAUACGAAUGGGGCUAUCAAAGCCUUGAGAAAAUAUGGACCAGAAGAUCCUCAGCUCUACGUGGAUGCGCUUACUUAUUUUGCUUCAAGCCCCAAGAUUUUAGAGGAAGCUGGAGAUGAACUGGAUGCUGUGCUCAAACGCAUUGACGAGGCCGGACUUAUGACCCCACUGCAGGUCAUCCAAACCUUAAGUAACAAUGCGGUUGUAACUAUGGGCCGUGUCAAGAAAUAUUUGAGCGAGAAUAUUGAACGCGAAAGGAAGGAGAUUUCCACAAACCGCCGCUUGAUCAACAGUUACAGCAAGGAGACUGAAGCCAAACGAAAGGAGCUAGAGCAAAUUGGUACCCAACCGGUGGUAUUCCAAUCGCGCCGCUGUAACUCCUGUGGCGGCGCACUCGACCUUCCCACGGUGCAUUUCCUCUGCAAGCAUUCUUUCCACCAACGGUGUCUCAACCGAGUAGAUGAAGAUGCAGAAUGCCCGGCCUGUGCACCGCAGAACUCUACCAUCAAAGCUAUUCGGAAGCGGCAGGUCGAGUCCGCGGAUCAACACGACUUGUUUAAAGGAGAGCUGCAGCGUUCCAAGGACCGAUUUGGAGUCAUUAGCGAGUUCUUUGGGCGGGGAGUGAUGCGACCGCAGAGUACUAUGGAGUAAUGGGAUGAUCGCUCUUAGCGCAGCUUUGCAUAUGAUGUAGAUAGUUCGAGAUGUGAGUUUCCUGGAAACAG